CUAUGAGGCCCGUAGUCGCCUCGGUGCGCGCUGCAAUUGGUGCCUCUAAGCGCACCUUUGCGACCGCCAACAACCAGAGCUUCGCAUCGCGUGUCCAGCCCUCGCCUCGCGCCAACCUGUGCCAGCAACAACUGCGCCAGUCCUUCAGACGCUCUUACGCCGACGCCGUCAAGCCCAAGAAGAGCGGCUUCCGCUACUUCCGCUGGGCAUGGAGAGCCACCUACCUGUCUGCCAUUGCUGGCCUCGCCUACACUGCCUACGGCAUCUACGAGAUGAAGAACCCCAGCGACCAGCCCGCGCCCGACCCGACCAAGAAGACUCUCGUCAUUCUCGGUACCGGCUGGGGUGCCGUCUCCCUCCUCAAGAAGCUCGAUACCGAAAACUACAACGUCAUUGUCAUCUCUCCUCGCAACUACUUCCUGUUCACUCCUCUUCUGCCCUCUUGCACAACCGGUACCAUCGAGCACCGCUCCAUCAUGGAGCCUGUCCGCAACUUUCUCCGCCACAAGAAAGCCUCUGUCAAGUUCUACGAAGCCGAAGCCACCAAGAUUGACUACACCAAGAAGGUCGUUUACAUCAACGACGAUUCUGAGGUCAAGGGUGCUACUUCUUCGACCGAGGUUCCUUACGAUAUGCUCGUCGUCGGUGUCGGCGCCGAGAACGCUACUNUUCGAGGCGAUGCUGACAUAUCUCAUCUAGGUAUUCCUGGUGUCCGCGAGCACUCUUGCUUCUUGAAGGAGGUUGCUGAUGCUCAACGUAUCCGUAAGCGUAUCAUGGACUGCUGUGAGACCGCCACUUUCAAGGACCAGAGCCCCGAGGAGCGCAAGCGUCUUUUGCACAUGGUCGUUGUCGGUGGUGGCCCUACUGGUGUCGAGUUCGCUGGUGAACUCCAGGACUUCUUCGAGAACGACCUCAAGACCUGGAUGCCCGAAAUCGCCGAUGAGUUCCGUGUCACUCUUGUCGAAGCCCUCCCCAGCUUGAUCGACUAUACCGAGCAGACCUUUAAGGAGGAGACCAUUGACAUCCGUACCAAGACCAUGGUCAAGAACGUCACCAAGGAGUACAUUGAGGCCGAGUACGUUGGUGCUGAUGGCAAGAAGGUCUUGGAGAAGAUCCCCUACGGUCUGCUUGUCUGGGCCACUGGUAACGCUGUCCGUCCCGUCGUCAAGGAUUUGAUGUCGCAGAUUCCCGCUCAGGCCGAUGCCCGCCGUGGUUUGAACGUCAACGAGUACCUAGUUGUCAAGGGUGCCGAGAAUGUCUGGGCCGUCGGUGACUGCGCUGUCGCCAACUACGCCCCCACUGCCCAGGUCGCCGCUCAGGAAGGUGCUUUCCUUGCCCGUCUCUUCAACCAGAUGGCCAAGUCCGAGGAGAUUGAGUCCGAGCUCCAGAACCUGUCCGCUGCUCAGGAGACCGCUCCCAAGGAUGCCCGUGACCAGAUCUUUGCCAACAUCAAGGAUCUCCAGAAGCGUCUGCGUCGCGCCAACCAGAUGGGUCCUUUCGAGUACUCUCACCAGGGUUCGCUCGCAUACAUUGGUAGCGAGAAGGCCGUUGCCGAUAUCUCCUGGUUGACUGGUAACAUUGCCACUGGUGGCACUGUCACAUACUUCUUCUGGCGUUCCGCCUACCUCAGCAUGUGCUUCAGCACUCGCAACCGUGUCCUCGUCCUGAUGGACUGGAUCAAAGCAAAGACCUUUGGCCGUGACGUCUCCCGCGAA